AAGUAGGGAGAAAAGAUGGGUCUUAAUCUUUUUGCAGUGAUCUUUGCUCUCUACCUCCUCCUGGUCUCUCUCCAGCCCACCUUCACUGUAGCCCAAGUAUUAUUUCAGGGGUUUAAUUGGGAAUCAUGGAAGAAGGAAGGAGGAUGGUACAACUCACUGAGGAACUCUGUUCCUGAUUUGGCAAACGCUGGGGUCACACAUGUUUGGCUUCCUCCAUCCUCUCAAUCUGCUGCAGAUCAAGGGUAUCUUCCAGGAAGAUUGUAUGAUCUGAAUGCAUCAAAAUAUGGAAAUCAGGAUGAACUGAAGACACUGAUAACGGCUUUUCAUGACAAGGGAAUCCAGUGCAUCGCAGACAUAGUCAUAAACCAUAGAACUGCAGAGAAGAAAGAUGGGAGAGGGAUAUGGUGCAUCUUCGAGGGAGGAACCCCCGACGAUCGCCUCGACUGGGGACCAUCCUUCAUCUGUAGUGAUGACACACAAUAUUCUGAUGGCACAGGGAAUCCUGACACAGGGGCUGCCUAUGAAGCUGCUCCAGACAUUGACCACCUCAACCCAAGAGUCCAAAGAGAGCUAUCAGAUUGGAUGAAUUGGCUGAAGACUGAAAUUGGGUUUGAUGGAUGGAGAUUUGAUUUUGCAAGGGGAUACUCUCCAGCUAUAACCAAGGUCUAUAUGGAACAAACAAAGCCAAGUUUUGCAGUUGGAGAGGUUUGGAAUUCUCUUUCUUAUGAUCAGGACGGAAAACCAGCGUAUAACCAGGAUUCACACCGUCAUGAAUUAGUGGAAUGGGUACAAGCUGCAGGAGGGGUUGUGACAGCCUUUGAUUUCACAACCAAAGGGAUCCUCCAAACUGCGGUACAGGGAGAGCUGUGGCGGAUGAAGGAUUCAGAGGGAAGGCCACCAGGAAUGAUUGGGCUUUUGCCAAGCAAUGGUGUAACUUUCAUUGACAAUCAUGACACAGGAUCCACACAGCAGAUUUGGCCUUUUCCAUCUGACAAAGUAUUGCAGGGAUAUGUCUACAUUCUCACUCACCCAGGGAUACCUUCCAUAUUCUAUGAUCACUUCUUCGAAUUUGGAAUCAGGGAAAACAUUCACACUUUGACUGCAAUAAGGUCAAGGAAUGGGAUCAAACCAACUAGCACAGUUCGUAUUCUUGCUUCUGAGUCUGAUCUGUAUGUAGCUAUGAUUGACGAGAAAGUUAUUGCCAAGAUUGGUUCAAGAUAUGAAGUUGGGAACAUUAUUCCCUCAACAUUCCAGAUUUCUACCUCUGGGGAGAGCUUCUGUGUGUGGGAGAAAAAACAGUGAUGUGUUGCAGGUUGUCAUUGAGAUAACAAUGAUAGGCAUAGGCAAAAGAUAUUUGGAAAAGGUACACCAACCAAAGUUGGUUUAAGAAUAAGAUCAUUCACUUCACAUUAUGUUUAGGUCAUAAUACUGAAAGAUGGUUGCUUAAAAGCUGUGAUGCCGGGUGCAAAUACAACUUAUACAUGUAUUCUUAAUGAAAUAAAAGAGCUGGAAUUAGUCUUUCAAA